CAACUGAUCACUUGUAAGGUAAGUAUUUACACAGUGGACGUCGACAUCAUACAAAUAGCAGAACGGCUGCGCCCCUCAGUCUGCUCUCUCGAAACCCCGCUCAAACAUUUAUUUACUCCUUCAUCACCAUGUCGUCUCAAUCUACUAUCCCACACCUCCAGCAGUAUGGAAACACGCACCAGGUUGUUGUGAAUGGGAAACCGUUCCUCAUCCUCGGUGCAGAGUUACAGAACUCGUCCCUAUCAUCAGCCGAGUAUAUGGCUGAGGUAUGGCCCAAAAUGGUGGAUACCAACAUAAAUACCGUUUUGGGGGCGGUCACCUGGGAGAUGAUCGAGCCGCAAGAAGGCCGGUUCGACUUCGAAGAGCUCGAUAAGGUCAUCCUGGAUGCACGUAGCUACAAUAUUCACAUUGUCCUAUUGUGGUUCGGGUCGUUUAAGAAUGGUCGCUCAACAUAUACCCCUGCAUGGAUCAAGACAGAUCCCAAGCGCUUCCCACGAGCUGAAAUUCGAAAGGCCGGAGGUGUGAUAGAGCUAGCCGAUUCUCUAUCACUAUUCAGCGAGGAAAACGUGCAGGCCGACAUCAAAGCAUUCAGCAAGCUACUGAGUCACAUCAAAGAGGUCGAUGAGGGCCAUAAUACUGUGCUUAUGGUGCAAGUGGAGAACGAGCCUGGACUACUGUUCGACAGUCGGGAUGGCAGUGACAAGGCCAAUGAGGUUUUUUCUUCACCUGUCCCUUCAAAACUCACAGAAUUCCUGGAUACGGAAUACGAUGGGCUUCACGUCGAUCUUAAGAAGAAUCUCAAGCCGUUUGUGGACGGGAAGGUCCGCUCUGGCGGAUGGGAAGACAUCUUUGGCAAGAGUUCACAAACAGACGAGCUAUUCAUGGCCUAUCAUUAUGCAACCUACAUCGAACGCGUUGCAUCUGCAGGCAAAGAAGCCUAUCCGAUAAUACUGUACACAAACGUUUGGCAGAAUUAUGCAGGAGAUGACACGGACAACCAAUUCCCUGUCAUCGUGGGCGGCGGCGGAAAUCCAGGUGACUACCCCAGUGGCGGGGGUACGAGCAACGUUUUGGACAUCUGGUUGCGAUUUGCGCCAUCACUCGACUUCAUAGCACCAGAUGUGUACCUCAAUGAGUACGAUAGCUCUUGCGCAAAGUAUCGACACAAGAACAAUCCUCUCUUCAUCCCAGAGCAGCGCCGUGAUGAAUACGGAGUACGCCGUAUCUGGAAGGCAUAUGGCUCCUUCCAGGCGCUAUGCACUAGCCCGUUCGGUAUCGAUACUUUGGAACCGGCGACAAACCCUUUCACAAAGCACUAUGGACUUCUUUCAGAAGUCAGUCAAAUCGUGUUAGAGGCACAGCGGAAGCCCGAUUCAUGCUUUGGAUUUUACUUCGACGACCUACCUGAGGGCUGGCAAAAGGGCGAUAAAGAUCCUUCAAAGCCUGUUACGCACAGAUUUGGGGAUUGGACGAUCACCGUAUCUCGUUGUUUUGUAUUUGGCAAACCUGGGUCGGGUAGCGGAAUGGUGAUACACCAGGGCGGAGGUCGUUUCCUGCUCAUAGGCUGGGGCUUCCAUGUUGCAGGUGAAUCGAGAAAAGCUGGUUCGCGAUGGAGUGGUAUCUUGAACAUGGCAGAGAAGAAGGUAGUAGACCGAGAAGCUGGUACUUUGAAGACAGUAAGGGUUCUUGGUGGUGAUGAGACAAGGAGUGGUUCAUUUGCAUUGAUGCCGAACGAAAAUCCAGACUAUGGUGGUUUCCCCAUCGCAGUCACUAUCCCAGCUAGGACAGGCAUUGCUGAGGUGGAGUUCUAUAGCAUCUAAUUCGAG